UGUGAAGACACUGAAUUUCAUCAUUUUUAUUGGAUGGUACUCGAUAUGACAGAAUUCGAAUUUGGCACUGUGUAACAACUUUUAAAGUUAAAGUUUUAUGACUUGAUGAAGUCUAGAACAGGAUGGUACUCUUACAGGAAAAUAGACAUUUCACAUAUACACACUUUAGACAAAAACUCAAGAGGGAGUUACGGCGACGUCGAGCUUUGAGCUUAAAUAUUGAAAGGGGUUCCAGCGAUGAAAAAGUUGAUCUGAAAAAUGAGCAGUAUCGUAGUCGCGAUGGUAGCAGAGGACGCCACAGUAGGCAAAGCUCUCGAGAUAGAGACACAUCCAAUAUGGUGGGUGGAAGCAGACACAGCUCACGUGAUCGGGAAAAUGGACAUAAAUCCAGCGAUGGAAGUGGACCACAUCUGGUACGUGCAUCAUCAUCAGAACGAUACAGUAGUUUACCUCGAGAGAAAACCCGUAGAGAUCGCUCGAAAGAUCGUGAGGCAGCCAUGUUGGGACUAGAACGUCCACGUCCUGAGGUAAUUUCUGCUGGUCGCAGUCUCAUUAGAAGUCGCUCAAAAGAACGGGAACUUGGUCUACUUCUGAAAGAUAAUAACAUCCUCACACGACAGUCAGGAGAUGGGAACCAUGGCAACGCAGAUUGGCGGCGUCAAGCUGCACAUUUAGACAAUGAAAAAGAGUUUCUAGAGAAGAGAAUUGAAGAGCUCCAUCGACAGCUCGCUGAUGAACGUCAACAUUCACGUCGUGAAAAACUGACAGUUGCACGUCUUCAACGAGAACUGGCAAGGCAGAAAAGUGAUUCAUCUUUACAAGGAGUGCGUGACGGAUUGAUGAAAGAGUUGGAGCGUGAGAGGAUGCUGCGUGUAGAGGCGGAACAGCGGGUCCAAGAGAUGACCGUGGAGAGUGACUGCCAGAAGAGACUUCAACAUCUUCAGGAAGAAUUUCACAAGAUGGAAGACAUGGUUAGGGGAAUGUUGACCUACAAAACUAAAGUUGAUCAACUGAAAUCAGAAAAACAGAAACUUGCCAGUACAUAUGAAAACAGCAUCACCAAGUGUAGGAGCCACAUCAGUAAUUUAGAACAUGAGAAUAUGCUGCUCAUCACAGAACUCAAAAAGAUGGAGUCAGAUGCAUCUCAGGGACAAAUGCCACUAAGCAAAUCUGAGGAUAGCGAUAAAUCCAAAGUUCUACUGGAACGAUUGAAACAACUGGAAGCUGAGAACUCAUCCCUCGUCUUAGAAAAUGAACAACAAAGACAACAAUACGAGAAGUGCCUUGAUCAAAUAGCUAACCAGGUUGUCCAAGCUCUUUUGACACAGAAAGGUCUUCGGGAGGAGUGCAUGAAACUUCAAACUCGGGUACACGACCUUGAGUUUCAAAACAGACAACUGAAUGCGAUGUUUCAACAGAGACUUAAGUUUUCGUCAGAUUCCCUGCUACCAUCCUAUAAUAAUUCUAAACAGAAAGGUCGGGGCGGAUCCGAGGGUCGUGGUAUGUCAGGGGGCAUGUCAAGUCACGAGGGGAGCUACCAUAGUCUUCCAGUGCAAUCUCAGUUUUCAUACCAGCCCCCUCAGUCUUACCCCCAGUACAAACAAACCCGUAUGAGCCCUAACAGUCUCACCCAGGCCUACCCCCAGGACACUCCUGGUAACAUGCAACAAAUCAAUUCAUACCCUUCUCAGGACGCCCCUGGUAACAUGGCCCAGGGUGGAGGCAUCUUUUCUCAGGAUAGCAUAGACUCUUUACACAGCAUAUGUAGUGACUACAAUGAUAGCAAUUUUGCCUUUGAGAGUGGAGGUGUGCCGCAGAUGUCUUCCCCACCCCCAUGGCUAAGAGACAAGCUCAACUUUUCACCUAAGAUGCCAGAUUUUGAUCAGCACUUCCUUCCCACUGUCUCCAGCUCCGGGUCAGCUUCAUCAAUUACUGGAGCGCCCUCUGGUGGAGGUCAACAAGGUGGGGCACCUGGGGCGCCGGUACCAGGCGGAUUUAACCCUAGUGUAAUACAGGCUGCCUCAUCUCCCGUCAAUACUGCGCUUUCCGGACUUGAUGGGAAUGAAGGGAUCGAUGAUACUCCCAAUAGUUCAAUGGAGGUAGCUGGAGGCACCCCUAAGACUCUAAAUGGCUCGGAAUUUUCAUUUGCCAUCACUCCAGAUGCUAAGUUUCCCAAUGAGAGGUCCACAACUGAGAAGGCAGACCAAUCUAAAUCUGAGCAGUGUGUCUCACUUACUAGUGCAAUAAAGCCUGUUUCUUCCGUAACAACUCAAAGUCGAAUCCAAACCGAGUUUCCAGCAACACAGGGCAGCCCUAAACUUAUUCAUGUGGGAGUUCCCUUAAAGGGAAUUCCCCGGGAAAUCCCUGCUGACAUCCCUGGGAAAGUAGACACAAUUGGUGCUUAUUUACGGCAACUACGUAACGUUAUGACAGAUCAAUCAUCCAGUGGUAGUACCACCGAUACAACCACAUUUACCACAUCAGCAACAACUUUAACGACUGUCAAUCAACAAAUUGCAACUCCACAGCUCUCUAGUCUAACAGCAUUAAACCAACCCAAGCAAGAGGCUCAACCAAUCAAGAAAGCUCUUCAAAAAGAAGAAGAUUCCCCUAGCAACGAUGGGGAAUCCCCAAGCCAUGGUAGGGAAUCCCAAGCUGCCAAACUUGACCCGCAUCUACUUAAUACCAGUUCCUCUCUCUCUGUAUCUCCUGGCAAACAGCUUCUUCAGUUAAACGACUCUUUUGACGAAAAAUAUCGUGAACUUCCAUCAGAAUUUGAGCAGGGUGCAGCAAGAAAUGUCACUGUUCAUUUCCAAAAAGUUGACCGUAAUAAGGCAAUAUCUCCAGGCCAAGAGCUUCUUAAAUUAAAUGACUCGUUCAAUGAAAAAUACUUACUAGACACUAAAGAUGGUUUACCAGAGAUCCGUCCAAAGUUUAGUGACUCAUCAGAAGAAGAUAGUGAUGAUAUUAAACGUAAACAUUUAAGCAUGGCCUCAUCAGUUUCACUCAAUGAUCUGCUAGAGCGAGGCAGAUUGCAAGAUUUAGACAGCUCUAGUGAUAGCGGGGACAGUUUCACCGAAGAUACUACGGAUCUGGCCUCGCAGAACAAAGAUUUCACAUCACGAGAUACGCUGAAAGACGAGACAUGCUCUAUGCAAUCCAGUACUGAUACAACUGUCACAAUAGAUGGCGAUGUCAACAUGGAUGAUUUAAUGAUCACAUCGACAGAUUCAGUAAUUUCUGAUACAGGUACUUUAACGAGGAGCAAAGACAGUAGCAUGGAUACACAAAGUACCAAUAGUAGUUGUAGUAUGAGUCCAAAACAUAGACGGCCCAGCUCACUUAGUGUUGAGAAGGAAGCAGAAAACAAGGAUAAGCCCCAAUAUGAGGAGAAAAGCUUUCUUCAACCAGAUAAACAUAUAGCCGUUGUGCAUAAUCCACCAAAGGAGCAGAGGGCUGUUAUUUCUAACAAUAUUGACAAUUAUCAGCAAUUUGAACGUACACCAACAGUAACCAUGGCAACGUACAUGAACCAUGAUUUUAGCAAUAAGGAUUCUAACCAGCCUCAACCUCCACCUAGGGUGGCAGCAGAUGACACUCCACCCCCAACCCCACCCCGCCGUGAUAGAAAGCCCAGUAUGGAGCCCCCACCUCGUCCCCCUAAACCUAAUAAAGCGCUUAUCAGAGAGAGGCUAAGUAAAUCAAUAGCAGAUGCCACUGUAAAAAAGCAACAUGCGCAACAAAACGACAAUGAAAAAUCAAAAGAUUUAAAUGAAAAUGUGGACACUAAAGACUCUAAUAAGAAAGGAGCUGCCAUGGCCAAUGGUCACAAUAUCACUGUAAUGAAUGUAGAGUCUGUACAGAUGGAGGUUACUCUCCCCUUUCAAAAAGAUGGCCAUCCACUGUGGAGCAGUUAUCACUCAGAUAUCAUUCCUAGUGUUCACAUCACUAAGAUUGACAAAUCUGAUCCAACAAAACCUCGCAGCAUGGACUCUUCUACGUCAAGUACAGAGCUGUUUCUCAAUGAAAAGUGCUGUAGUAAGGAUGAUGGCUACUCAACACUAACUGGCAAUUCUACUCCAGAUAUUAUGGAUAAAUUUCGAGAUGGGACUAAGUACAUGGGUGGUAAGAUGGAUCCCUUUGAAGGCGGGAAUAUAUCUAGGAGCUCACAUGGGGAUAGUGGUAUAAUAAACUCACCCACUAGUACAGAUAGCUGUUCCUUCCAGUCACCACCAAUGUUGGACAGAUCACGGUCCCGCAGUCGAAGUAGCUCCAUCAGCAGCAUUACAUCUGUGUCUAGCAUAGAUUCAGACUCAAUGGGAAAAGUUAGAGAUAUAAAAAACUAUUUUGAACAUGAAACUAAAAGUAGGAGUCAAUCUCCAACAUGCAGACACAAACGCCAUUCAAAAUCACCGUCACCUGGCCGUCAUAUCUCUAUUACCCAGAGUGACUCAUAUACUAAUGAUUCAUUGAAUACUCAUUGCUCUCAAAGUAUCCAUACUUUACCAAAGGCCAAAACAGUUCAGAACCAAACAAGUCUGAAAGGUCAAGAUAACUUUGUGGCUGAAGUUAAACCCGAUGAUGAAUUUGAACCAGAAUUUAUCAGGAAAAGCAGAUUAUCCCGAUCCAGUAGUUCCCCAGAAAUUGAAGUUUUACCAAUGCUUCGUAUUAUAGAAAGUGGGAGUGAGGCUGAAACAUUACAGAAAGCAAAUGUUAGAAAACCACCAACAAGUCUGAAAAUUAACCCCAAAAUGUCUCCCCAUAUGUUACUGAGAUCUAGAAAAUCGAAACAUGAAGCUAGACAAUUUCUGGACAAUGUCAAAGCUCUGAAAAUUUCUUCCAAAUCUCCCAAGGUUCAACAUAAUACAGUUGUGCCCCCUUUAGGUGACCUGAAGAAACCCAGUAGCAAGCCACCUGGGUACCUGUAUAUGGCCUCAGCAGAAAGCAUUGACUCAUUUCUUUCAAGCAGCGACACUGAUAGUGAGGCUGAUUCUCCCCCUGUAGACUUCCUGUCAAAAUGGCGUCAUCGUGAGAAAAUCAAUGUGGAACUACCAGAUUGGAAUCCAAGGCAAACUGCAGAGGAAAUUAGAAAGUAUAUUCCUCCAUCACCAUUGGUCCAGACCCCAACGGAUGAAAGAACAUCCAGCGAACAAUGGUUUCUACAGUUUUCAAAGGAAGAUAUAAAGAAACACACAUCACGAAUACCCCACAGGCGCCAUCUUUCCGCUCCUGGCCUUGGCAUCACAGAUCGAGACAACACUUCAUCAAAUGUUGAUCCAAUGUCACGAAGUGCUGCCUUUUGUGAUGCAGGCCAUGAUUUAGGUGUUCAAGCAACUCUUGAAAAAUUUGAACAUGAGAUUGAAGUGUUAUGUAAGGAAUGUAACAAUAUUUCAAUUACUCCACUAGAACCCUCUCCUAAAAAAAUAGAGAGAGACCAAGUGACUAGAAAUGCUCAGGAUGACAUUUUCAGUGCCUCUCAUAAUUUCGCAAUUUCGGAACAAUGUAAAGAGACUAUGUCUCUUGGAGAGCGUGAUGACAUCACACCUUCUGAUCCAGUAGGAUCAUACCAGAUAGCUGAUCUGUCACAGACUGUAAAAGAACUCCAACAAAGCUUAGACAGCUUGGCAGAGAUAAAACAGGAUAGUGAUAAUUCAGAGACUGUCCACAAAGACAAUGAAACUUGUACUGAAGCUGAUGGCGACUUCAGUUGGAUGACACCAGAAGCUUGGAGCAAUUUGGGUGGUGAAUCGGCCAAGAAAGUAGUCCCCAAGAAUGAAGUGCCUCUGAGGUCAGACGAGGAUAGCAGUUACAGUUCAAACAGCACUACUACAGUGGGGACCUCGUACUUGGAUGUUAAGAGUCGUGAGGCUGCUUUGGACAGUGUGGUUGAUAAUGAUGCUGACAAUGAGCAAGAUAGCGAUGAUGAUAGCGAGGCUGAACAUGAGAUUGAAGGAUACAUUAUAGAGAAACUCAGGAAAGGUGUAAAUGGGAAACAAGUAGUCCACCAGAGACACAGGGAGCAUAGAAUAGUCAACUUUCAUCAGUUCUUCACUCGCUAUGGUCACCAGGAGCAACAGGCUGUGUCAGAAUUUAAAUUUCUCGAUCAGUUCUCCACAAAUAGUUCAUCGGAAGAGGAUGACGCGAGUAAAUCUCUGCUGGAUAACAACCAUGAUAGCGAUUGUGAAGUGGAAGUGUUACAAGAACAGCUGUGCCUAAAUCCAGGUCCUUUGAAUGUGAAACCUGAAAGCUUACAUGUGAAACCUGAAAGCUUACAUGUGAAACCUGAAAGCUUACAUGUGAAACCUGAAGGCUUACAUGUGAAACCUGUAAGCUUACAUGUGAAACCUGAAGGCUUACAUGUGAAACCUGUAAGCUUACAUGUGAAACCUGAAAGCUUACAUGUGAAACCUGAAAGCUUACAUGUGAAACCUGAAGGCUUACAUGUGAAACCUGUAAGCUUACAUGUGAAACCUGAAAGCUUACAUGUGAAACCUGAAGGCUUAUAUGUGAAACCUGUAAGCUUACAUGUGAAACCUGAAGGCUUAAUUGACAGCAUUAAGGAGGAUUCAAAGUUUUUAUUCCUAGAUCAACAAAGUUCAAAUAUUGUAGCAUUUCAAUCAAAUUCUACAUGCAAGCUAAAGAAUGUUAAUGUUGACUUUAAAAGGAAAACUGAAGGGUUAAAAGAUCUUCAUUUUCAUCGGACUGAAACUGACAAAAACUCUAGAACUUCAAACUCUGCUCAGGGGAUUCAGCCAGCUGAUAGUGUGUCCAGUAUAGCAUCAGAUAUUGUAUCUAGUAUAGUAUCUAGUACAGAACAUUGUAUUGCAUCUGACAAUCAAGUACCUGAUUCAAAAGACACAUCACAUGGAGACACAUCCCAUGGAGACACAUCACAUGGAGACACAUCACAUGGAGACACAUCACAUAGAGAUUCAUCACAAAGAGGCAAUCUAACAAGACAUAAUGUUAAAUUAUUAGACACACACUCUCGACUGCAGCAUAAAUCUAUUACAUUGUUAAAACAAGAAACUGAUAGUAAACGACUGUCCACAUAUAGUUUUGGAUCUGAACAAUAUGUGGUGUGUGACAAUGUUUCGCAGAGUGACUCGUGUGGUGAGGCAUAGUAGCACUUAACAAUAUUUCACUCAAUGAGGCAUAGUAGCAUUUGACAUUAUGUUUCAAUAUUUCACUCGGUGAAAGAACAUGUGACAGUGUUUCAUUGAGUGAAUCAUGUGGUGAGGCAUAGUAGCAUGUGACAAUGUUUCACUGAGAGUGGCAUAGUAGCAUGUGACAUUAUGUGUCUAUGUCAUUGUUUCACUGAGUGACUGAGCUAAAGUAGCACGGACAAUGAUUCACUGAGUGACUCGUGUAGUACGAGCAUUUAGAAAAGCAGAGAUGCAUUUAUGCACCUAUUGCCGUGAGAUUUUAACCAACUUAAUUUUGUCAAACUAUCUUGAUUGGCGAAAAUUAUUAGCCAAAAUAUCAGCAUUUUUAGACAGCAUGUUAUUGUUUAUGAAAUCCAUGACUUACAACUUGGAUCAUGAGACUUUUUUUACUCUUUAAUGUCAUAGUAAUGCUCCAAACUGCUUCAUAUAAUUGACCAACCGUGAAGAUGGAUUAGCCAAUACAAAAAUGCCAGAUUUUUAUACAAUUGUUAUUUUGCCUUU